AGCUGGCGAGUCGGGGGUGGGGGGUCCGGCCGGGAGGCGGCGCGGGCACCGGUUUGCCGCAGGGGGCAAGUCCCGGGCCGCGACGCCCCAUGGACACGGCGCUCGGCCCAGGUGCCCGCGGGGCGCGCGGCGCGCGGUGACCGGCCCCGGCCGUCGGGGCGCGCCCCGAGAUGGAGCCCUUCCUCAGGAAACGGCUGGCCUUCCUGUCCUUCUUCUGGGACAAGAUCUGGCGGGCCGGCGCCGACCCCGGCCCCGGCCCCCCGCCCGGCCCCGACCCCGGCCCCGGCCCCCCGCCCGGGCCCCCGGCGGGCGCGCGGCUCUUCCGGGCGCUGCGCGACUUCACCGCGCGCUGCGCCGACGAGCUGAGCGUCAGCCGCGGGGACCGGCUCCUGGCGCUGCGCGAGGGUCGCGACUACAUCUUGGCCCGCAGGGUCUCGGGCCCGCCCAGCGCGGGGCUCGUCCCCACCACCCACGUGGCCAAGGCCACCCCCGAGGCGCUCCCGGACCGACCCUGGUUCUUCAGCGGCAUCAGCCGGACCCAGGCCCAGCAGCUGCUCCUGUCUGCCGCCAACGCGCCGGGCGCCUUCCUGGUCAGGCCCAGCGAGAGCAGCCACGGGGAUUACUCGCUCUCAGUGCGGGCGCAGGCCCGGGUGUACCACUACCGGAUCUGCACAGCAGACGGGGGGCUGUCCCUGCAGAAGGGACGGCUCUUUCCCAGCCUGGACGAGCUGCUCGCGUACUACCAGGCCAACUGGACGCUUCUCCAGAACCCGCUGCUGCAGCCCUGCGUGCCCCAGACACUGGCGGAGCAGGACGAGUGGGAGCGGCCGCGUUCCGAGUUCCUGCUGAGGAGGAGGCUGGGCCGAGGCUUCUUCGGGGAGGUGUGGGAAGGCCUGUGGCUGGGCUCCGUGCCCGUGGCCAUCAAGGUCAUCAAGUCAGCCGACAUGAAGCCCGCCGACCUCACCCAGGAGAUCCAGACGCUGAAGAGCCUGCAGCACGAGCGGCUGAUCCGGCUGCACGCUGUGUGCUCGGCCGGCUCCCCCGUCUACAUUGUCACGGAGCUCAUGCGCAAGGGCAGCCUGCAGGCCUACCUGGGCAGCCCCGAGGGCCGGGCGCUGGACCUGCCCCCUCUGUUGAGCAUCGCCCGGCAGGUGUCCGAGGCCAUGAGCUACCUGGAGGAGAAGCACAUCGUGCACCGGGACCUGGCCGCCAGGAACGUGCUGGUGGGCGAUGACCUGGCCUGCAAGGUGGCUGACUUCGGCCUGGCUCGGCUGCUCAAGGACGACGUCUACUCCCCCCGCAGCGGCUCCAAGAUCCCCGUCAAGUGGACGGCGCCCGAGGCGGCCAGCUACCGCGUGUACUCCCAGAAGUCGGACGUCUGGUCCUUCGGGGUCCUGCUGUACGAGGUCUUCACCUACGGCCAGUGUCCCUACGAAGGCAUGAGCAACCACGAGACGCUGCAGCAGGUCCUGCGGGGGUACCGGCUGCCGCGCCCGCCCGCCUGCCCUGCCGAGGUCUACGCGCUCAUGCGGGAGUGCUGGCAGGGCAGUCCCGAGCAGCGGCCGGCCUUCGCGGCGCUGCAGGACAAGCUGGCCGCCCUCUGCCGGCGCCUGCACCCCGCACUCACGUGA